AUGGAGCUGGGGGAGCACAGACCCUGGGUCCCACAAAGCACCCUCGAGACGGAGGUCCCGCUGCCUCUGUACAGCGACCAGUAUAUAACACUGUGGGGGCCGCGCCAGGCCCCCCUCCUGAGGCAGGCCGUGCGCUGGAAGACCACCCCCAUGGGCUGGGAUGCCGUGGGGCAGAGCUGGUCCACGGGGCUGAGCAGCAGGGACGAGGAGGCGGAGGACCCCUGGUACACCCUCGGCUCCGGCAUCGCCCAGCGCCGCUGGCAGCGGGCCCACGCUGGCCAGGCGGAGCGGGAUCCCCUGCCCCCAGCUUAUGCCCAGCACCUGCGGGAGGUGGCCUGCUGGGACCCCAUCGUCCCUGCCGCAUACCUGGGACCCUGCACCCGCUGGGGACCCUUCCUCUGGCAGGAGAGACCCACCGGGAAGGAAUACGUUGUCACCCGCAGCCAGAGCCCCCGGGCGCUGGGGGGCAGCUCAGGCUACAUCCCCGCGCUCUCUUUCUGCCGCCCCCGCCUCACCACCCAGGACAUCAGCACCUGGAGCCUCCUCCGCCACCAGCCCUCCACCCACCAGUAA